AUGCCUUUAAAGAUUAAUCACUUCUCAAAUUUUUUCUUCCUCUUGGUAUCUUCCUCCACCAUCAACAUCGAUAACCUACUACUUCCUGCACCAUACUAUACCAUCUAUCUUUACCAGAUCAUGGCUGAGCCCGAGCCGGAUCCCCCAUUGCCACCGACACAGUCUCUUCUACCGGAUAACUAUGCUCUCCGGAAAUUGCCUCUCGAUGUUCUGCUCAAUGCUGGUGAGGCCAUUUCGUGUAUUUCCACACACAAAUCAAACUUGUACAUUGGAACCACCAAAGGUCAGCUUCUCCAUUACUACAUUUUCGACGAUGCCGAGGAGUAUAUCCUAAUUUUGAGUCUCCAAAUUCCUGGGUGUGAGAACCACCCGGUUAAAAAACUCUUGGUGGUACCCGAUGCCGAGAUGUGCUUAGUACUAUGCAACAGAGUUAUCUAUCCAUAUACUUUGCCUGAGCUAUCUCCAUGUCACAUAGGAAAAAUCAAGGAUGUGAACGAUGUGUCACGGCUCUCACAGGUGAAAAACCCUAAGGUGAAAAACAAACACGACAAGAUCAUCGUCUACACCUCAAACAAGAUCCGAGUGGUUCAAUUACUUCCAGACACUGUGAAACUUCUUAGAGAUAUCAAUUAUGCCGGGGCAGUAGAAGGAUUUUCCUCUGCGGCAGGAACCCUGGCCAACUAUAGCAACAUUUGUCUAGUUGCUAACGAUAAGAACUACGACGUGGUCGAUCUACAACAAACCAGAAGAAUCUCGUUGUUUGAGUAUAACCCGGAAAACGUCGCCAACAUCGCACCUCAUAUAGUUCCAUUCAUGCCAAUGGAUACAGGGAAGCCAUCAGAGGAGUACAUGCUAACCAUCUGUUCAGUUGCUGCCAAUUCCAUGGCCAUGUUCAUGAAUUCGCUUGGUGACGUUACUCGAGGCACACUCAUAUGGCUGGAUGAGGGUUAUCCAACUGGAGGCGUUGCAGUGCAAUGGCCCUAUGUUAUUGGUCUUUUUAACCUGGCAGAGAAUGGCAUUAAAUUGACAUUUAGCUCGUUGACCACUUUACUGGUGGUUCACACUAUAGACUUUCGAGAAUUUUCUGAGAAAGCCAUGGGUUUGACAGAUGUGAUUAAUUUCAAUUUGGUGAGAGUGGAAGAGGGUGUGACUUUAGCCGAUUCAGAACUUCUGGACUUGCUAGCGCCCGUCAGAUGUGACGGAUCACUCAUUCUAGGACACAAGAAGCAAUUUUUGAAGCUGAAUGUCAUUUUCUGUAAUGAAAACUCCUUGCAUUGUUUGUACACAAACAAUGAGCAUGUUGCUGAAGUAAAAAAGGUAAUCAAUGCUCUCACAAAUAACGAUAUUGCUGCUCUUGAGAGUAGCUUGCUGACGUUUCAAAGUUGGGGCCAGGAGAAUGGGGACUCUUUUGCUUACAGAGCAAGAAUCGUGCUCUUAUUAGUACUCGGAAACUUUGAAGAACUCAAAAAAAUCAUCUCCAAUUCCGACUUCCCGUCAAUGAAUUUUGACCUUCGCAUCCUUCUUCUAUUCGACCCUGCCUUUCCUGAUAAGGACCCUCUGUGGAAAGAAUUUACUCUUGAAAGGAGCUUACGGGAAAUGAUAGUGCAAUCACCUGUUAAAAAUUUGGACCCGGAAUUUAAAUCCUGGUUGCUUCAUGAGGCAUACACUGUCACAGACAACAGGAACUCGAGCAUUUGGCAAUAUUUCCGGACACUCUUAUAUGAGGAUUCAAAGUCAACGACUGAAAAGAUCCAACUAGUCGAUUCAGAGAGGUCGCUUUGGCAGGACCAAAAUGAGGCCAAUGAGAAGCUAUUUGCACAGUUGAAGAAAAACAACGAAUAUUUGGUACUCUUCAAAAUUUAUCAGCUCAGACAAGAAGUGGAUCCAGAUUUCAAUGCACUUCAAAUUAUAGAAUUGGGGCUAGCAAUAUUAUCAGGAUCCAAUCCAAUGCCGGAGGGCUACAAAUUGGAAGCGGGGACCAUGACUGUUGGGAGUGAAACGAUGGAUUUGGUUCUGUUAGUUUUCUUCCAACUAAGAAAUCAUAUUUCUAACAGUGAUCAGUACACAAAAAAGCUCUUAGAGUUGCUUAAAAUCCAUCCAGAUAAGGGGCUUGAGCUUCUUCAGUCCAAUAAAGGUGGACAACACAAAUCGACGCAUCGGUUUAUUCUCAAGGAAUUGGCAGCGACACACAAUAUCGAUACAAAGUUCUCGUCAUUAAAGCUUGAAUACUUGGAACAGUCAUUUCUGGAGCAGUUGGAGGAUGGAAAGAUUGACAUUGAAACUUUGGAUGAGCUUUUCAUAGAAAUGGAGCAGUAUCUCGAAUCCAACAUCGAUUCAUACGAGGUUGCAUUGGAAAAUAUCAAGAUACUUUACUCGACUUUUCAGAUUGAAGUCAGCCUCGCCGACCUGAACUGGCCCAAACUCUCGUGGAUAGAAUUCUUACAUUUGCAUGGGCGCAAAGAUGAUUCAAAAGAGCUUGUGGACUUGUACCUCAAGUUCUACGAGUUACUGGUGGUAAAGUCGUUGAAGAGCAAACCGAUAAAACCAUUCCAUAUAAAGCACGAUGCGUUCACUUAUUUAUCACGGUGCUUCACAGAAAGCAGCAUUUCCGGGCUAAUUUCGUAUUUGCUUGAGAAGGGAGAAUACUCCGUUGCAGAAUGGAUGUCCUUAUACGGCAAAAUGCCGCUUCCACGACAGACCAUAUACUUUGAGGGAUUCAAAAUGCAGCUCAUGGAAAUGUACCAAUUACGGGCCAGUACAGAUAUUGAAGCUAGUAUUAAUCAAUUGAUGAAGUUUUACCUAGAAGUUGAGGAUCAAAGGGCUAAAAACAACUCUAUAAGGCACUUGGUUAGCAGGUUUGGAAGAAAGUACUACGAUGUAUGUGAUCUUCUAGCCAUUCUUCCUAAUGAUUUCCCCGUGGUUCACAUCCAAGAGUAUUUGGUGUCCGUGGUACUAGAUAUGGAUGCUCAACGGACCGAUACAGUUAUGAAGAAGACAUUGGCCCGUCUUGAUGCCAAAUUCACAGAAAAGGUACGCAAGGAGUUUGAGGAGAUUCACGUCGCCGAGAAAUCAAGCAAUUAA